AUGAAAAGUGACAGAGAAUUGAAGUCGUUAAGAUCAUCAACGUCUUCCCUCCACCCGGAGGAAUUCCACCACCGAUCCGUCGUUCGCAGUGCCUCCACCACAUUCCACCGCCUCAGCAGGACCGGCCGCAGCGGCAUCUCCAACUUCCUCCGAUCGUUCCUCUCAAUUUUCACCUUCCCCUCCAUUCUUCUCCCAACAUGCCGAUGGCUCAGCAUUCCCACCCCACUCUCCAUCACCCCCUCGCUCGGGCGGAAGGUCACUGGAACUCUCUUCGGCCACCGCCGCGGCCACGUCAGCUUCGCCGUUCAGGACGACCCCCGAUCCGAACCCGUUUUGCUGAUAGAACUCGCGGUCUCGACCGCGACCCUCGUGAAGGAAAUGUCAUCCGGGCUGCUAAGGAUCGCCUUGGAGUGCGAGAAGGCGCAUCCGCCGCGGGUCAGGCUGUUCAGAGAGCCGGCGUGGACGAUGUACUGCAACGGCAGGCAGUGCGGCUACGCGCAGUCGAGAGCGUGUACUGAGUCGGACUGGCACGUGCUGAGCACUGUUCAAAGCGUCUCCGUUGGGGCCGGGGUGAUUCCGGUGGUGGACGACGGCCGGAAAGGCAGCGCGUCGGAAGGUGAGUUGCUCUAUAUGAGGGCCCGAUUCGAGCGAGUUGUGGGGAACCGUGACUCGGAAGCAUUCUACAUGUUGAACCCGGAUGGAAAUGGAGGGCCGGAACUCAGUAUUUUCUUGCUUAGAAUUUGAUCAUCAU